AUGAUGCUGGGCUAUACCUACCGCGUCGCCGCAUCUCUAGUUCGCCAUCUGGUCCCAAAUAUGCUAGAGCUCGAGGAUGAGCCUCUCAUGUCAACCAUAGUGCUCGACUAUGGAAUGAGUUCUGUGGGGGCUCUCAUCUUGAUCCUCGACAACGAGGCAACCAUAUUUGCAGGACGUGAGCAGUACGGCUUUCCCAAAGUCUUUGGCAAGGCCGAUAUUCAGACGACAAACGGUACCCGGCUGGUUCUGGCAAAUGCACAGAGGCCGGCAGAACGAACUCUUUUCGAGUGCGAAUUUAUCCCCGAUCAUCGUAUUCCCAGUUUGCGUGCCGCAGACAAAUGGCGGCCCAAUCUUCGUAGUAUUCCACAGCCGUGUGUGGGAACAUCACCGGCGAUUCAAGAGCUGAUUCCUACGAUCAUGGACUGGAAAUUUCGCGAGAUCUGGGCUGGCCAUGGUCAGAUUACUUUUCCGCGCCGCUCUGCAUUUGAUCCUUGGUGCGGUUUGGAUAUUCUACAAUACGAAGGAAGCUUCCUUGCACGGAGUCUGACUGGCGAGCUUCGGUGUCGUGGUGAGAGUUCCAAGGUUUAA